AAAGGCAUUUUGAACCAUUUUUAAUCAUAAAUUUUAUUACAGAUGGUGAUUUAGUUACAUUGUAAACAUUUCUGCAUCGCAUGUAAAUGGAGUCUCCCAUUCAUCAAUUGACACCGAUGUAUCCUGACAACAAUAUGAAUGUUAACACAACUGAUAAUGAACUUGGCAAGCAUGCUUCCAAUAAAAAAACGAAGAAAGUGAAGGAUCAUUUUUUCAAAGGCUUGCAGCUAAUUCAUUUUCUUAUUGUGAUGGCGUACCUUUGGGCAGGACUGGUAGAAUUUAUCAAUAAUCCUCCAUUUUUUGAUGCCUAUGGUGAUGCCAUAUCAGAAAAUCGACUACCAGAGGGCAUAUUUCAGAAUGAUCCAAGGUAUACACAAGGAGGCAUCAUGCGGCUGAUGGAUUUACCUAUAUUGUCCAUUCUUUUGGCCUACGUAGCUGUUUGUAUUUGGUUGAAAUUUAAAGGUCAAGCGUGGCUGUUAACAAUCUCUUUAUCGAUUGCGUUUUUAUGCUUUUGGAUUGUCAAUUUUUGGGGACAAAAAUAUUUUGACUGGAGAUACUAUCCUAGUAGAAUGUCUGGUAUGGAAUUACAAGUUUCUACAUUAGCGUUAUGCGGUACAAACAUUUUAAUGGUUCUGUUUUAUAACAGAAAAAGAAUGCCCUUUAAAUUUAAGAGCAGUCUUCCAGUGCGUACGUUUGGAUUACUUCAUUUGACCUAUAACUAUUGUUGCAUUUUUUUGAUUAUGUUCGCUUCCAUGCUGAUGUGGUUUACCAAGAUGUAUAUUUCAUGGGCGUGUUUUAAAGGACACGAUGACCUGAUGCAGUUAUGUCAAAUCACGCAACAGGUGCAAUGUUAUUCUUGCAGUGUAUGCUCAACAGAAGGAAUUAAAAAAUGUUUCAAAAACCAAACAAACUCUCGACAAUUUUCUUGUAACGUGCAAUUUCCCAAGGCGUCAGAAAAGGGUGCUUUUUGUAUUUUCAACUAUAACAUGAGCGUGGUGGAGUUUCUAACCAUAUUUGCGUACAUCGGCGGAUUGUGUGUAUUUUUGAGCACGUUCAUACGUUUGAUCGGCCAUUACUUGUUGCGGGUCAUAUUUUUGAUCUACGAACAUCUCCUCCGUCUGUGCAAUAAAACGAGCACAACUCUAAUGCGCCAUAGAGAAAAGAUGGUAGCUGCUCGAGCUCUAAAAGAAGCAAGAAGGAUGAGUGUCGAUCGAACAGUGUUGUUGUCACCAAGAGAGUUGAUCUAUCCCAAUAUGGAAAGAGACAUUGAAGACGGGCGACCUCGAUCACCAAGUCAACAAUCUGAACUCUCUGAUGAUAAUUUUAACGAUUUUUUGGAUGCGUCGUGUGGGUAAUGUUUUGUUAUGUAACUGGUGGUUAAGUGAACAGUUACUUCAUAGUUUGAAUAACCAUCCAUGAUUGAGGAUUUUUGUGACAUUCCAGUUUUUCAGACCUUCAGAUUUUAUGGAUUUUGGCGCUUUAUGCAAUAUUGUGAAAUUUGACACGUUUUAGGUUAUGAGAGAUUAGACACCGGUACUUAUUCGACAGGAACAAGUAAAGAAAACAAACUUUUGCGAGCCGAGAAUUAUCUGUAAUUUUGUGAGAGAAAAACUUCUGCAAUUGGCAAUGUUCCAAAACAUGAACUUUUGCGAAGAGACAAAAUUCGCGAAAUAUUUUUCUCGCGAAACUUUCUCCCCUUAAAAUUUGUGCAAUUUCACAAAAUCAGUAAAAUAACUAAUCAACUUUGCUUUUUCACGAAAUUAAAUAUGCGUAAAAUAUGGCAAGCGUUGUGUAUCCGCGAAAUUUAAUUCGUGCAAGAAAUCUUAGCCUCUUAAAUUCUAAAACAGUUCUGAAAACCUAUCACUUUAUUCAAUGAAAUUUGUAGUAUCAGCUCGGAAAAAAAUUAAUAACUAUACGGGGUUAGUUUUUUUAAUUUUGUAAAUAUUUUGAGGUUUAAGUUUUAUUUUAACUGUAUCCCAGGUUGUGUAUCCUGCCAAGAAAUGUCAAGUCACUCUUUUUAGCGUAACUAAGAGAAGAACCGAACCUCGGACAAAAUAAUGUCGGAAUAAAGAUUUAUCAACUAAGAUCAAAUUUAGCACUUUUGCCCAUUUUUGAAAAUUCUUUUUACAUUUUUCAGUCAACUAUCUGUGUAGAGACGGUAAAGAACAGUUUUUAUUCAUAAUUUGUUGGUCAAAAUUCUUUCUUGACAAAACUGUUGACCCCCUUGAAAAAUUUCAUCACUUUUGUCGAUAUGUUUUUGUUGAUAAGAUAUCUCGCCCUUUUUUGAAAUAUCAUAUAAAUUAAUCGUUCGUUGGAAGAGUGUACACAACUUGUGUACAUCAGUUUUUAUAAGAAUUUUAUAAUUUCUAAGCAGAUCAGACAAGUGUUUUCCUUUGAACAAACAAGGAAAUGCUGAAAAAAAAAUGUUUUUCUUGUAUGCUGUUUCUUUUAAAGUAAUGCUGUGUCUGAACUGAAAAAGAGCGUUGUUAAUAAAACGUGUGGCUUGGUUUGUGUGUGUUGUGUGGCGAAAUCGUAAUUCGCUAUCUUUUAAACAUUUUGUUUUGUUUGUCACUUGUUACACGUGUUUUUUGUUACUUUGUGUGCGACUGUUUUGUGAAUUUUGACUAUAUAAAUAUUAAAGAAUAAUAUAUAUAUUUUUAAUGGAA